UACUACGACUGAAAAUAAACAACGCAGAGUCUGUCCGAACAGUUUAGAAAUAAGCUGAAAUCUAACAGGCUCAGAACAUUACGAUGGAAACCGAGUGCGAUCCCCUGUGCCAGAUGGAGUUAACCGGGCUGGAGAAGGGAGGGCAGUACCAGGCGCGCAGCCGAGUCCGUCCUAGCGAGGCCGUGUACAAAUCAGAGUGGAGCGACUGGAGCCCUGUGUUGCACUGGGUCUUUGCCGUCGGGACGGAAGUAUCAUCAACGACAGAAAGAGAGCUUGUUAUGCAGUUGGAAGCUCUGGUGACAGCAGUCGUAGGUGCAGUGGUGUUUCUGUCCCUAGCCAUCAUCGUCUGCAAGACAGACAGAGAGACCUGGGUGUUCAUGGUGAAGAAGAUCAGUGGUCCUCCUCUGCCAAACCUGGAUCACUUACUCGGUCCUGAAGGCAAAUCUCCGGUUUGGCUGAAGCCUGGCUUCCCCAGCGAGUCCCAUCACACCCUGACUGGUCUAGAUUUGAUCUCCUCAGUGGAGGUCACCAGCCGCCAGCCGGCAACACUGAACCUCAAGGCCUCCAAACACAGCCGGUCUGCACCACUUGCGCAGAAGCUCAAGGCCGCCUCCAGGUACUCCAACCCAAGCUAUCCCCACCUGCUCCUCCACGUCGAGGCCCACCCUCACCUGAAGCCCUGCAGCGCCGACUCCCCUUACGGACCCAUGGGCGGGGGAGCCGUGGGUGAGGCGGUAACGGGAGGAACAGAGGAGUAUCAGGGGGAGGGCGGAGAAGGAAGGGCUCCAUCUGACCUGAAUCUACUCAACAUGAUCCCCGGCGCUCCUAUCGGCACUAGCGGGUCCAUGAAGUUCUGCAAGAGAUACGAAGAGGUGGGAGAGGGAGGAGGCAGCACGGCUGAGGGUGGGUCUCAAGGUUCAGAGAGUCAAGAAGAGGAAGGAGAAGAAUCGCCGAUUGAAAAGUUGCUGAGUCAAGGAUUCGUCCGGGGAGAUAUCAUAGGUCAGGGAUCACUGGAGGUUUGUUUGGACUAUGAAAAGGUCGGGUCACUGGAGGUUUGUUUGGAUCAUGAAAAGGUCAGUUCACUGGAGGUUUGUUUGGACUAUGAAAAGGUCGGGUCACCGGAGGUUUGUUUGGACUAUGAAAAGGUCAAGUUGCUUGAAGGUAGAGCCAUGAGCCCUGACUCAGGUGUAGGCAGUGGGGGGGAGGAGCAAGUCAGUGUGGAGAGCCUGGAGGGUGUGGAUUUCUCUCUUGGCACCAAAACAUUUACAUUUCCUCCGCUUUCGGGCACAGAACUACGACUCCCUGGUUCACUCAUCGAGAGUUCCCCGUUUUUCCCAGGGCAAGGACCGAGUUCAUUUUUGUUAUUUAGUUCGGAAGAUGGCGUUUCCAUGACGAGUACAACCACAUUGCUGCCCUCUAGUGGCGGAUAUAUGCCAGUGUAAACACAACUGAAAACUGAAAAUACCUAUCAUCAUAUUAUCUAUGCAACGUCAAUAUUCAAGUUAUUAUUUUUUUGGGGAUAUUUUUGCAUUAAAAACUGAUUAUUAAUUAUUCACUAUGAACUUUCGCACUCAUUGUUAGGCUACACAUUGAAGUGGUGGCAUAGGCUUAUCGUUCAUCCUUAAACCCCUACGAUAACUGCUUUAUUUAUAUUCCAUAGCAUAUGUUAAGCAUCAACGAGGGUUUAACGUUUCAAAGAGACCAUAUCAUAUCUCCUUAAAUAGAGUACUAAUAGCGUAGGUGAAUACAGCCCUUUAUAGCUGUAGAUAUAGUCCGAGGUGAAUCUAUUUUAACAGUUUUUGUUCCCUUAAAGCGCUGUUGCUGGGUGUCAACCCUUUACGUCACAAACACCUGUUGCCUGCAAGCUUCGCACUCGCAGCUUCACCUGAAGAUUGAUGGAUCAGAUGACGUCUCGUUUAACGAUAGAUUGCUAUUUUUUCGUUUUUUUUAAAUUGUGAAUAAUUGUGAGAUCAACACAGCACUAAUAUGACACGAAUUGGAUAUAGGUGAUCUUUGGAAAAUAUUUGACCGAUAUUUAUCUUUGGACACAUAAGCCUAGAAUCGGCGACGUUUUGCGAGGAGCAGGCAGGUGUUGGUGAUCCUUGAAUGUGAAUGUGCAAGACUAAUGGUUAUUCCCAGAAUUAACUGCGCGUUUUGUAAUGGCUCCCCGGCAUGGCUCCACCGAACUGCGGGUCAAGAACUCUGGGGUGUCACCUGUGGUAGUGGAUCAACAGGUAAAUGCUGCGACGGACAAGCUUGACGGCUUUCACCUUUUCUUUGUGAACCGUAUGAUACAGAAUGUACAUUAAACCAAAUAAUGAGCUA